AUGGACCCCAUGUUGAGGACCUCUGAUUUAAACCAAUCAGGUCCCACUGAGCAGCAGUGUCUUCUAACCCACCCUCCUCUCCUUCCCUGCCAGGAUGAACUGGCCCAUGCUAACCAUGGAAACUCCAAGCCCAGCACACCAGCCAACCAGGGAAAGAUCUCCAAAACUGGUUCACCUGUGUCCUUAAACGACGGAUCCUCCAAAGCCAAUAACCCACCUUCCACUCAUGGUGGCUCCGUCCCAUCCCCCCAUGAAGAAGCCAAUGGUGAACAUGCACUGUCCUCCUCUACGCCGCCAUCUACAGCUGCUUCUGUUGCUAAAACUGAUCCUGAAAAGAAGCAGGAUGGUUCUGAAGAAUUCAACAAGAACCUGGACCGAAAAAGUGAGAAGUCUGAAAAUGGAGAGAAUGCAGAAAGACGACGGGGGGAACAGACGAGUCAGCUUGGAGAGGACAACCAGGAGUCUGCACCAGUGAAAAGUGAAGAUGGAGAGGAGAAUUUGGAGAAGUCUGAGCUUCAGGCCAUCAUAGAUUCGACUCCUGAGCUGGAUAUGGACUUUGAUGGCGGCAGAGGAACAAGCACACCAACUAUAGGCGGCAUAGAGAAUCCAGCCUUCGGCCGAAACAACGAUUCUUUGUUUGACGAGCUGGCCUCUGCAGGGAACGACACGAUAGGCGACGUGGACGAAGGAGCCGACCUACUUGGUAUGGGUCGGGAGGUUGAACAUCUCAUCCAUGAGAACACCCAGCUGCUGGAGACCAA